AUGUUUGUUAAAGAUAUUCAAUCAAUUGCCUCUGAAGGUGCGAAACUCUCCAAAAGAUAUUACUAUUCCAAUAGAGGAUACCGUAGUAAUUGGUACCGUUACAGAUGGUUACUUUGGAUUUUGGUUAUUAUCCCGGUGAUUUUCUUGUUGAUUUUAUUCUUUUGUUGUAAAAGAAGAAAGAAGAGACCAGUUCAAGUGAAUCCCCAGCCUCAUGAUCAGUAUCCACCUCCAAAUAAUCAAUACUAUCAACAAACUCAACAGACUGGUGGGUAUUAUGGUAAUGAUGGGCCUGGUGGUACCAAUUAUGGUGGAGGUGGUUAUAACCAAGGGGGUAACUAUAAUCAAGGUGGGAUAAGUAGUUAUGGUAAUAACCAAUCGUCCGGUGCUUACGAUAAUAGUGAUUUCCAAAGACCUGAUGGGCCUCCUCCUGCUCAUUACAAGAAUUAG